AUGACGGUUGCGCGGCCAGUUCGGGCCUUGAUCGCCGGCGGAUGCAUCAUCUGGUGUUUCUUCCUAUGGCAAAUAUUUGCUCCGUCAUGGUCUCUUAAGGGACCUGGCGAUCGCUACUCCAAUUUUGAACGGGAUCCCAUGCUAGAUCCUACCGAUGAACCGGAUGGAACAUUACAUCGUACGAGUCCGAGAUAUGCCCACGAUGCGAAAAAGACGGAGCGCAUCGACGCUACGCUGCUGGCCCUUGUGAGGAACGAGGAGGUGGAUGCUAUGGUUAUGUCGAUGCGCGACCUCGAGAGGACGUGGAACUCCAAGUUUAAUUAUCCUUGGACAUUCUUCAAUGACAAGCCCUUCACUGAGGAGUUCAAGAGGAAGACAAGAGCUGCGACAAAGGCGAAGUGCAAUUAUGAACUCAUCCCCUCGGAGCAUUGGGAUAUGCCCUCAUGGAUAGACCAAGAGCUAUUUGAAGAAUCCGCCAAGAUCCUCGAAAAGAACGGCGUCCAAUACGCAAGCAAGAUCUCGUACCACCAGAUGUGUCGAUGGAACAGCGGUCUCUUCUACAAGCACCCGGCCCUCAAAGACAUCCGCUAUUACUGGCGAGUCGAGCCUAAUGUACACUUCUUCUGCGAUGUCGACUACGAUGUGUUUCGCUACAUGCACGACAACAACAAGACGUAUGGCUUCACGAUCAACCUCUACGACGACCCCAAGACGCUUCCUUCGCUAUGGCCCGAGACCGUCAAGUUCCUCGCCGAGCAUCCAACCUACAUCCACGAUAACAGUGCUGUUGCUUGGGUCACCGAUGAUGUACGUCGACCGACGACGAAUAGAAAAGCUCAGGGGUACUCAACUUGCCAUUUCUGGAGUAAUUUCGAGAUUGGGGAUAUGACGUUUUGGAGAAGCAAGACUUACGAAGACUACUUCAACCACCUCGAUCGUGCUGGCGGGUUCUUUUAUGAACGAUGGGGUGAUGCCCCUGUUCAUAGUAUUGCUCUUGGUCUUUUUGAGGACCAGAGUAAGAUUCAUUGGUUCCGCGAUAUUGGAUAUCAGCACAUCCCCUUCUUCAACUGCCCCAACUCGCCAAAAUGCAAAGGCUGUGUUACCGGCCGCCUCACAGACGGCGAAGCUUGGUUACACCGAGAAGAUUGUCGACCCAACUGGUUCAAGUACGUCGGCAUGGGGUGA